AUGAAGCCAGCUGCGUUCGGCCGUAGCCUUGCCGGUAUCGCUGUGCUCGGCUUAAGCUUGGCCCUGCCAGUCCUCGCAGACAAUGCGCGCCGUCAUGGUGGUGAGAUGGAAGGCAUGGAGGGCAUGGAGCACGCAGAACCAGACCAGCAGGACUCCGAAUAUCCUCCCACGUACUUUGCCCAUCCCGAGCAUACUCAAGUGCUGUAUGCGCACAUUGCGCUCAUGACAGUGGCCUGGAUCAUUUUCCUUCCAGUUGCCGUCGUUUUGUCGCUGGCCAAGUCUCGCUAUGUUCUCCCCUCGCAGUUCGUCUUCCUCGCGGCCAAUGCGCUGGGCCUGAUCCUCGGAACGGUUUACAACGCGCAGACGCCCGACCUGUAUCCCAACAAUGCGCACCACAAGAUUGGCUGGAUUGUGACUUGGGUCAUUUCUGCGCAAGUGGUUGUCAGCCUGCUCCGGCACAUUGGCGGGGCUUUCACGCCAAGUGCCGACCAGCUAGCGGAAGAACGCCGCUCCUUCAUCCCACUUCCCACAAGCGCCCACUCCAACUACUUCGGCGACUACCGCUUCUCCAACGACAGCGGCCAGGGCUCCGAGCCGACGACGGAAUCGCUUCGCGGAAACUCCUUCUCCACGCUUGCUGAAAAUGAUCAUCGCGAGGUCAAUUUCGAUAAGGAGCUGGAGGAGGAAGAUGAUGACCUUGACGGCCCCACCAUGCCCAUGCCCAUGCCCGAGCCGGCGCAUAAGAGCAAGACGACGCUAAUGGCCAUCAAGGUCUUGUCAUCGCGAGUCUGGAAGUACGUUGACUUUGGAUACAAGACGGUUGAUCGCAUCAUCAUGCCCUUUGGCUUUAUUGCUUACAUUACCGGCAUUGCUACUCUUGGUCGCCUUUUUGAGGGAUCUGCCAUCUUCAGCGGACUUGCUCACUGGAUCAAGGGCGGCAUUUUUUUCUGGAUGGGCCUCCUCACUCUUGGUCGCUGGUCUGGAAGCUUUUACGAGUCGGGUUGGGCCUGGAACCUGCGCCCUCAGAAGAAGGCCGGCCAGCGAUGGGCGCCAUCCGCAGAGUUUGUCGAAAGCUUCCUCAUUUUUUUCUAUGGCUCGACCAACAUCUUCUUGGAGCAUUUGGGCAACAGAGAUGGUGUCUGGACUCCAAGCGAUCUGGAGCACUUCUCCAUCACCGUACUUUUCCUCGGAGGCGGCUCUAUUGGCAUGCUCGUUGAAUCUACAUGGUUGAGAAGCCUGCUCACCACCCUGAUUACUAGCACCAACCCCAAUCCUUCCGAUGAUGAGCACGCGGCAUUCGAACCCCCGGAAUCGUACGAGUUCUCCAUCAACCCCCUCCCUGCACUCAUCAUCUUCCUGCUCGGCAUGAUGAUGGGUGGCCACUCGCAGGAAACCAUGACCGGAACCAUGGUCCAUAAGCAAUGGGGCAACUUGCUACUCGGCGCCUCUCUGGCCAGAAUGCUCACGUACGUUACAAUGUACCUGAAACCGCCCAGGUCUGUUCACCCAUCUCGGCCACCGACCGAGCUCUUAGCAGCUUUUGGUCUUAUCGCAGGUGGCAUGAUUUUCAUGUACAGUAGCGCCGAUACCAUCAAGGGUAUGAUUCACUACGACUUGGAACCAAUGUCGCUCUACACAAUUACUUUAGGCUUUACAGGCUUGUUCAUGUCCUGGGAGCUCAUCGUUUUGGCCCUCAAGGGAUGGGCGGUCCGCAAGGAGCGCAAGUCCCAGGCUUCAGCCUUUGCUUGA